GGUUUGUGUCGACAAAGAACAGUUGCAUAAAACUAAAGGACCACCUUACAGUGUUUAAAUUGCACUUACGCGAACAGCUUUUUUUCAGGCGAGGAUUUGCAUUCUAUAAUUAGCGAUGCUAUGUGGAUAGAAAGCUAACCACGACUGCGCAAAUUCUGACUUGUAUUUAUGGCUAUUUGCCAAAUACAUCAAUCCGGUCUUUGCCGUGAUGUGUGUCAAAAAAACCGGACAAUAGGUCAAAGGAUCAGAGAUUCAGAGUCGCUCUUUGAAUUUCAAAACAACGAAAUUAUAGAAUAUUUCUGUUUGAGUUGUUUUCAAAGCAACGUCAAUACCCGAAGUUAGAUUUUGUUUACGGUAAUAUUUAUGAUUUACUCAGGUACAAACACAAAAACGCCGGAAAACAUCCUAAAUGUUGUACUAGAAAUCGUGUCUUAGAUCUAGUCAUUUCCAUAUGAAGCAUUUACUUGAAAGAAUGAGAAACGUGCAAUCGCACAAUGUGUAUAAAAAUAGUAAUGUCAGUAGUGUGUAAUGCGACCUUUAGUAAAGUCUGAUUUAUUGUGAUUUGAAUAGCUCCGGUUGGACACUGAAUUAAAAUUAUUCAAUAGAGUAUAAUUGAGAUUUUAUAGGGCUAGGUUUCUUCCAGUAUAUAUAUAUAAGGAGUAUUUCAGUUGGCAGAUUUCUAGGAAUCUCUGCACUUGAUUAACCCACAGUUAUUAACCUGACAUUCCAUGAAGAUGAAGUUAGCACUCCCCCCGGAGCUGACGCAUGCAAACUGAUUUGAUCAAUUUCGAACCGGAAGUUCAGAGUCGCUGCAAAAUAUUCCAAGCCUUUGUUAUUGUGAUUUGUGACUUUAUGUUUCGUUUCAUCGCAAUCUGAAAUCAUGGGGUCGAAGAAACAGGAUUCCAAGCUUUGCAAUAGCAAAAACGCGGACAAAAACGAUUACGAAGGCAAAUUCAACACGCUGAGGAUUAUUUCAUUGAAGGCUAUCAGCGAGUUUGAGGAUCUUCAGAAGAAGUGUGAAGAAAACUAUAGCAAGUAUUUGGAAGAACGUGAGAAUUAUUUACGUACAAAAAAGGAAUUGGACGUACUCAAGGAAGUAUCUGGUGAAGCUUUGGGUGAGUAUGACAACCUUCACAGGAAGUUUGAAAUUGAACAGGAAUGCAGAGACAAGGCAGAAGAAUAUGCUAAACAGCAAGUCAAACAGAAUAAACAACUGAAAAGACAAAGUACUAUCUUGUUGAAUACUCUGGUGGCUAAGGCUGUUGACUUUGAUUUGGAAGAGCUUUCAGGUAAAACAGAUGUAAGUGACGAUUCCUCCACAGAUGACCAUGGGGUCUGUAACAAACAAAUUGAAGGUCUAAAAGAACAAGUAGAGUCGCUUCAAAUAAAGAUGGAAGAGCUGACCAAAACAUUACACCACACAGAAGAAAUGCUUAGUAAAGAAACGGAAGAACACAAGAAAACAAAGGAGGAAUUAGAGAAUAACAGAGCAAAUUUCAAACAGUUGAAUCGAGUUUCCCUGCUUGCUCUGGAUGAUUAUUCAAACUUACAGCGGAAAUAUGCUGUGGAAAUGCAAUGUCGAGCCCAGGCUGAAAAACUAGCUGCUGAGGAGUCUGAAGAACCCGGUGAGACCAGGAACCCCACGGCGAAUCGGGAACAUGAAGCUGCGGUAAAACAGAGUGAAUUGAUUUCAAAAGAACUCUCGGGAAAAGAUAAGUUGAAAGAAGCUCUGGAAGAAAUAAGUAAUCUCACGAAGAAAUUGCAUGAACAAAGAACAGAAUUUGAUGAAAAGGUAAAAGACCUCGAGAAUGAACUGGCUUCGUCAAAUGAUGUGUGCAAAUUGAAAAGUUUGGAAGAAAAGAUAAACACAUUUGCACAAGGAAUGGAGACACUGGAGGCACGAUUGACUCAAGCUCAAACACGCGCGAGCGAAGCAGAGGCUAAAGCCAAGAAAUUUGAGGAGCUUCUGAAGCAAGCUAAAGAAGCCCCCGAGGCCCCUCCACCACCCCCAUUACCCCCUCCACCUCCUCCACCCCCCGCACCAUCACAGCUACUGAAGAAAUUUGUUGGAAUUGUCAGCUCCGGUGGAAAAAAGCAACUGAAAAAAAGUAAAUCACAAACAAAGGAAGAUCCACGCAUAAAAGCGAUGUCUGAGAUGAUGGACAGAAUCAGGUGUGGAAAAGUUGAACUCAGAAAAACCGUUCAACGCCAGGCCACGGCGCCUGAGGGAGGAGACGGCGAUGGCUCAGCUAUGGAAAACCUGAGAGACGUUCUCAAAGCCAUGAAACGGCCGCCAACACAAGGCGCGAAUGGAGGAGAGAACGAGGGACAAAAACCGGUCAAUUUUGGUGUACAACUACGCAAAGCAAACGACCGAAAACCUAGAUCGUGUUCAGAAUCGACUGGUCCAGAAAGUGACUUUAGAUCAGUGACUUUACGUAGCAAACCUCGGAGUCAAUCGACAGGGGACAUGUUAGAGGAUGAAAAUGAAAUGGAUGAAGAUUUGUUUAAGUUGAUGAAGAAACGAAAAGCUGCUUCUGAGAGAGAUAAUAAAGAAUCAGAACAGAAAAGUCCCACAGAAACAACAACGAAUGGACAAGACGGUAACGAGACGGAAAAUGGAAAAGUUGAAUGAAAUUUUUACAUAAAUAUUUAAUUAUAUCGCAGGCCCGAAUAAGCUUGUAACUGGCCGGAUUCCUGGUGAAAUGGUUGCCCAGAUUUGCUGGAAUUUAUAAGAAUAAGAAUACGAAUUGCGGGUUGACAAACGUCAAUUUCACGUUCUUGCAGUACUGUUGAAAACAUUUCAAAAGGCAAAAAAAUUAGUGAGCUAGAGCAUGUCCUGGCUGCUCCAUCGAAGUUGAAAUAUAGACCUUUCGAAAUUUUAGAUUUAUGUUUCAUUCAUUUCUGUAAAAACAUUGACAUUAAUUCCAGGGUUCGCCAUUUAAAGUUUUGUGAACGCCAUAUUGAAUAUUGAAUCAAUUGAUGUUAAUGUUUAAUAUACGCUCUGUAAAACAGAGAGGAACUCUAUGUAAUAAUAUU